UUCCUGCAGGCAUUCGUCGCCGCCAGCCGACUGCACAAGUGAGCAUGAACCCCUCCGACGUGCACGUGCUCGUUGUGGAAGACGAUGAGUUCACGCGCAUGGCCACGAUCGAUAUCCUUCGCAGCAUCGGGUAUGUUAUCACGGCCGUGGACAACGGGGGCGAUGCUCUGAAGAAGCUCACAGACGAACCGAAUCGAUUUGACUUGGUGUUGUGCGACGUCAUGCUGCCUGUCCUCACAGGCAUUCAACUCCUCGAGUGUGUGCAGAAGGAAGUGUCGUUGUCGCAUAUCCCGAUCGUGAUGGCGUCGUCGAACGAAGAGAUGGACGUUGUGACAUCUUGCUUAUCGAAAGGGGCAAAGGACUACUUGAUCAAACCCAUCCAGUACAACACGGCAAAGACCCUUGUACGACACGUGUGGCUGUCGCGCAAAAGCAACAACACGGACAGUGGCGCUAGUCGUGUCAGUACCAAUACAAAUAGCAACGCUGCCAACAUUUGGCGCGACCUGGAGGUAUUGCGAACAAUCGGUAAAGGGACGCAUGGCACGGUGGUUUUGGCACGACGGAGAGGGGACGGUGCCGUGGUCGCGGUGAAGCGCGUUCGCCUUGCUACCACCAGCGAGAACGGACGCAAGCAAGCGGACAACGAAGUUAUCUUACUCAAGUCCCUGUACCACGUGAAUAUUGUGCGCUUCUACGACAGCUUCAUCGUUGACAACGAUGAACUCAAUAUCGUGAUGGAGUUCAGCGAUGGCGGCAAUCUGCGGCAAGUCGUCAAGCUUCGGGCGCGCAAGGACGGGACGUAUUUCCCCGAACCGCUCAUCAUGUCGUGGUUUGCGCAGCUCGUGCUCGCAGUGUCGUACAUUCACGGAAAGAACGUGCUCCAUCGCGAUCUCAAGGCGCAGAACGUGUUCCUCACGAAAAAGUACGUGGUCAAGCUGGGGGACUUUGGCAUUUCGAAGGCACUGAGCGGCGACGACCUCGCGAUGACGUCCGUGGGCACACCAGAGAGCAUGUCCCCCGAGAUCUGCCGCGGCGAGCGGUACGGAAAGAAGUCGGACAUUUGGUCGCUCGGGUGCGUCUUGUAUGAGAUGACAAUGCUCAAGCGGCCGUUCGAAGCGCAGAGUUUGCCCGAAAUGUUCACCAAAAUCUGCCACGGCGAGUACGAACCUGUCCCGAGCAAUGCGUUCUCCAAGGAGCUUCGGCUCUUGGUCCAACUCAUGCUUCAACAAGACCCGAGCAAGCGGCCGUCCAUCGAAGACAUUUGCCGGUUUCCGUUUGUCCAGGCGCCUAUUCAAGUGUUUUUAUCCGACCACGCGGCCGAAUUUGAACUGGCGCUGCAAACGGAAGCCAAGAUGAACCAGGCGCCUCAACCGAACGGAAUGAACUCUGUCGUUCAGCACGCGGUGGAGCAGCCCCCGACACCGCCAACGUCGAUCCGAGACCAUGACAUGGAGUCGCCCAUGAACCACUCGGAUAGUUUGCGUGAGAUGGCAAUUUCGUCGCAGGUCGUCGGCUUGGACAUCCACAAACCGACGCCGUUCGAGCUCUUGUCGCGGUCAUUUGACCGCGUUGUCCCGACCGAGGAAGACUCGCUCUCAUUGAGCGAUCGCUUGCGCUGCCUCGUCACCCCUCGCGAAAUCAAAGUCAACUUUUACUCGUCGUAUCCCAUGGUGGUCACGGGCCAGGAUCUCGUGCAAGCGUUCCAGGCCAACUACGCCAAGCAGCACCCCGCCGACCGGUUGAACAACGAAACCCUCCUCGACCUAGCGUACAAUGCGAUCCACGAACUGCUUCAGCAGCACUCGUUGCAUCUCGUGUACGGCAACAGUCCCCUCGGCAGCGUCGACAACCUGUUUCGAUUUCAAAUCGACACGCGCGAUGGCAGCCCGUUGAACACUCGGUACUUGGCGCCGACAAAUACCGCAUCCACGGACCAACCGCUUGAGUUGUGCCUCCAUGCACGCGCUAUGGCAGCGGAGCUUCACAGCAACCCCAAAUUUCCCGCGGGAAUCCAUCUCCACUGGAACUUGUCCAAACCCGCCGCGGACACGAGCUGUCGUCAGUACCGCCAGUUCCUCCAAACCGUGAGUGCAUUCCAGACCGUUGGCAUCUCCAAGCUGACGUCAAAGGACCGGCAAGUGUUUUUCAUCAAUAUUUACAACACGAUGGUCCUCCACGGGCUCAUCGAAGUCGGGCUGCCACAAACUUCCGACCAAUACAAGUCGUUUGAACGCGAUAUUGCAUACCGCAUUGAUGGGAUGGACUUCAGCUUGAGCGACAUUCGCCACGGCAUCCUUCGGUGCAACCGCAAACCGCCGUCGGCGUUCUGGGGUCGCCAGUUCGAAGCCCAAGACCCACGCCUUGCCUAUUGCUUCCACACCCGCGACCCGCGGAGUUUGCUCGUCCUCCUCGAGCAAUCGCCGCCGUUCACGAAGCCUGAAGACGCGCCAAUACUGAAACCUCGACAGACCGACACCGACUUGGAAAGGUACAUGCGGUUGUUUUGCCAAAAGCAAGUGCAAGUGGAGGCUGCGACCAAAACGUUGCGCCUACCUCGGAUCCUGCGUGUCUACCAGGACGAUUUUGGCUCGUCCGAGUCGGAACUGAUCGGGUGGUUGGCGCAGUACAUGGACGAGUGCCCCCGCGACAUCAUGCAGUAUCGGAUACGGUACCUCUACGGCAUCGCUGUGUAGCUCGUUAAGUCGAUUCAAGAUGAAGUUAUCGUGAUGUCUAAUAUUGAGCGCCAUACAUGAACGACGAAGCAUGAAGUGAAUGCUGUAAAAAGCGUCUAGAGAAUCGAGCAAAAACCGCCGCCUU